CUGGAUGCUCUACAGCUGUAUGGGAUCCCAAAUUGUACUGCUUCUUCUGUUGGGUCUGAUUUGGCUCUCACUCAGUAAUGUUGGUAUCUUCAGCCUGGUUCCUGCAGGCACACCCACACCUAUCGAGCCAGCACUGACCCACUGACCUUUUCCCCAACAUGGCUGAUCAGAGCAACAUCCAGAGCGCCGCUUCCAAAAGCAUCAGGCCGUUCAAAUCCAGCGAGGAGUACCUUUACGCCAUGAAGGAGGACUUAGCCGAAUGGCUGAACACCCUUUACGACCUGGACAUCACAGUCGACUCCUUCAUGGAGGGCCUGGAGACGGGCUGCUCGCUCUGCCGCCAUGCCAACAACGUCAACCGGGCGGCACUCGAUUUCCUCGCGCAGCACCCGAACGCGGCCCGGCAGCUCCUCGCCCCCCGGCGAGACGUGGCCUUCCAGUCGCGGAACGUCGUGCCCGGGUCGUUCUUGGCGCGCGACAACGUGUCCAACUUCAUCGGCUGGUGCCGGCACGAGCUGCACAUCAAAGACGUCCUCAUGUUCGAAACCAACGACCUGGUGGAGCGCUGCAACGAAAAGAACUUUGUGCUGUGCCUGCUGGAGGUGGCGCGGCGCGGCGCCAAGUUCGGCAUGCUCGCCCCCAUGUUGGUGCAGCUGGAGGAGGAGAUCGAGGAGGAGAUACGGGACCAGGAGAAGCUGCAGGAGAACCCGGGAAAGCCGAGCAGGACGUUCGUUCGCGAGAAGAGCACCGCGGGGUCUGAACCAGAGCUCAUCAACAGCUGGCAGCAGCAGAAAAGAGUCCUGUGUGACAUGCGCAACCUGGACGAGCUGGUGCGUGAAAUCCUCGGCCAGUGUUCAUGUCCAGCUCAGUUCCCCAUGACCAAAGUCUCGGAGGGGAAGUACAAAGUGGGCGACUCCAGCGCCCUCAUCUUCAUCAGGGUCUUACGGACCCACGUGAUGGUGCGUGUAGGCGGAGGGUGGGACACUCUCGAGCAUUACCUCGACAAACACGACCCCUGCCGCUGCAGUGCAUUCUCUCACAGGUACCAGCAGGGUAAAUCCAGCGGUCAGACCCCCCACAGUAAGAACUCCAGCGCACACUCGUCCCGUUCGGCCAGUCCCGGGCCGCAUUAUAAACCCGUCGAGCGACGCUCUCUGGAGCCUUCAGCGCCCGGCGCUCCCACCUCUUCUGCAUCCUCCUCCCCCAGACUGUCCAGGGCAAACCAGGGUGAUGGAGAGUCGAGCAGAGGGAGAAUGAACGGUACCCUGCUUCCCAAACUGCCCAGAGACAGAUCAGAGCCUCGCCAGUUCAACCCACUCAGAAAUAAGGACUCUUUAUUACCGCUGACCCGCCGCCUGUCUGGAGACAGCGACUCCUCUAAUGCCUCCUCCAAAGGAACGGGCGGAGUAGCAACAGGAGGCCGUUUGUCUCACGGGUCUCGUCGCUCUAACGGUGAGAAGGUGAUUCUCCUGGUCAACCGGAAGGAAGGCAAGCAUGUGAUCGAACGCCCAUCAGGUGGUAAUACCCAGAUGCCCGCUAUUCGCACUCCCCAGCCCAGAGCUCGCAGCACCUCUAGGGAACGGCCUACACCCGCUCUGUCCUCUCCGGCCAAAAUGAAGCCCUCUCCACCCCAGGGUAAUGCUGCACGGAUGGAGAGAGGGAGAUCGACCGGGCCAGAGGGGCCGCGGAGGUUCCAGGGCUCCCGGUCGCUCAGCCAGGGCAAAACGCCUCCACGACGAGGGAGCGAUGCCACGCCCGCUUCUCCUCGUCACAGGGAUUCCCAUGACGAUCAGAGGUCCAAGCAGGCGCCUCCGGGUUCACCUAGGUUGAGCGGAAGCUUUCCGAAGAGACAGGCGCCCUCUUCUGCGUCCAGCUCGCCUCUUAAAACAGGCUCCGGUAGUCCUAUGAAGAAGGGCACAGUGACUCCGCGGCCCCCUGCACCCAGGUCACCGUCGGUCGGAAACAGAAGGCUUUUGCCUCCCAUCUCACAGCCAGGGCGGCACUCGACGUCAAGGUCUGCGCCAAGAUCGCCGCAUCACCACGCGCCACAUCCACCUCGGGCAGCAGGGAGGGCGCAACGAGGCUUCGGGAACCAGAACCACGUUCCUCAGGAUGAUAUAGGGAUUGGAUUUGGCCUUCCACUGGACCCAAAACGUGAACAGGAGCUGUACCGCAGCUUUGAGGCCGAGUUCCUGGCCAACACGCAGCCGGGCAAAGUUCCUCAAACUAAAGACAUUGCCGCACUUCCUGUCUCGCAGCAUGGCUAUAGGACAUUCGGUGAUCCUAAUGUGACAGAUUCAGCCUAUUCAUCCUCCAACUCCUCCAACUCCUCCCUGUACGUCGGAGGAAAAGCUGGACCCCUGCCGGACCUACGUGACACAAAACGGACCGGCGGAGCUCGAAACUGUGCUCUUGAGGACCCACCCACUUUGUUGCACAACCAGACCCGAUCCUGUCUUCCAAACGGAGGGCUCCGAAAGCUUCCCGCCAUCUCCAGUUCAACUGAGGACGAAGAUCCUUUGAUCCCAUCCAGGCACCUCUCGUCUAACCACAUAAACGGGGGCCACAUGGGGUUUCCGAAUUCUGUAGCACCUAUGGAGCAGCAGGAGCAUCUAGACUGGCCUGGCUUGGAAGGCGACGUUCCUCUAGAGAAUCAGAACCCAGAAAUGCCCUACGACCAGGCCGUCACCAACACUAACGGAAACACCGAGCCGCCUUUGCCCUACUCGUUUCCUUCGCCUCCCCCUCCAGAGGACUGCUCCUACAACGACUCGUCCAGCGAGAGCUCCUCCAUGUGUCUAAGCCUGAGCGAGCCCCUCUCCGACGGUUCCUGCACCCCUCCACCCACCCUCGCCAACGGAGAGGCAGACUGCACCGUGGUCCUCCGAGCCAAAAGAGGGCAGAAGAAGGCGGAAAGGGUGCCUUCCAUCUACAAACUCAAACUGCGCCCGAGGAUACGACCCCGUACGGACAACAGGCCGGAGAACAGUCCGUCUCGCAUCCCGACGCCGCUCAGCUACAGAGAGAUGCAGCAGCAAAAGCAGAACGCGGGAAAUCUGACGCCGCCGCAGACGCCGCGCUCUCGCAAAACUCUGCACCAGGCUUUCAGCGACGUCAUUCGCCAGCAGAAGAGGUCGGCCAGCGUCGGGUCCCGACAGUGCUCCUACUCUCCAGAGUCUAAUAUCGAUACAGAUGCCUGGAUGUAGCAUAGCAAAGGAAAGAGGGUAGCCCUGUCGAUUUGGGUAACGAGGGUGUUGUUGAGGAAAGCAGGGCAUUGUGGAUGACCAACUUUGAUCCGCUUUCAGUCCUGACCUUGCGUUCACCACCUAUCAGCGCUGUAUGGGUCACUCUGGGUGCGAGGAAGGGUUCCACCAGUCCACCCACCCAGUCCACUCACAUUAAUUAAGUGAAACUCCUUUCAGACAUUGAUUGACUGGAGGACGGAUUCAAACCCAUGUCCCCAGGACCAAUGUUACUGUGUGCCACCCUAUCAUGCCAUACAAUUCCUAUUCCGUGACUUAACAGCGCUAAUUACUCCAUCGGGACUCUGGCCUCCACCUUGCUAUAUUGUUAGCUUUGCAAGCUGCAUCCUGUUUGGGUGACUAAAAGGCGCUGGACGGGUUCUGCUCCGACUGUGCUGGUGGGUGAAAGAAAGCCGUGUUUUCUAAACACGCCCCUAGGUGACACCUAGGCUCGCCGCCGGUAUGACCGCAGGGUUUGCCCGACGCUGUGCAUUUUUGGAUCUCAGGGAAAGACUAAAAUUGCAUCUAUGAAAGACAAUCAAGAGCAAGAACAGUCUCUAAACUGUGACCGUGAGGGAGUGGUGGCUCGAGCAGGACGAUGCUAAAUCUCUCAUUAUAAAUCUGAGCCCGGGACCAUUUCGGACUACUGGACUCCCAAAACGUCCAAAAAAUGGAUCUGUAAAAUAAUAUCACCAAAGAAUAAACUGGGGGGUUUCCUUGACCGGUGACUCGUCACUGUGGUCACUGUGUGGGUGGAGCUCUGAUAAACCCACGCCACACCGAGAGAAGGAAGCUAGAAUGGUGACGAAAGAGCCAAUAACAAUGCACAAUGUGUCUGAAGGGCGAGAGCAGAUGCAUCAUCAGGAUCACGCUCACCUCGCUGCGUAACGGCCGUCUCAUGGAAGUGAGAAAUCGGCUGAAACUCGUGUUUCCUGAUUCGAGGAGUCUCUGCAUCGUGAGUCAGUCUGUCUGAUUUCGUCUGAUUGCUGCUCGAUUGUUGCUUGGUGAAUGAGGUGUCGAUAAUGUCUGACUUCCUUCUGCGACCUGUUACUACAGUCAGUCUGACAAAGUGGGACGCACUCACGCGUUCGAGUUUUGCUUUAUUUUACAGACUGGACCUACACGAUCACGAUCAAGGCUUUUAAAUCGUAU